AUAACAUGGAGGAAGAGGAGGAGCUGCAGUCUUGAAUUCCCUGGCUGUGCUGUCAAGAAGAGAGGAGAUGGUGAUUUUUAAUGUGACACCCGUGCAACUUCUGGAGUUAUGGCACUCCCUUGAGUGAGCUCUCCUGGUCUUCCUCUCUGGUGGUGGUGGCCGUUUCCUUCUCAGGACUCUUCACCUUCAUCUUCCUCAUGUUGGCCUGUCUGUGCUGCAAGAAAGGGGGCAUUGGCUUCAAGAGCUGGAGAAGCGAAUCCCGGGAGAAGAGGCUGAGGAUGGUUUUGAGGUGUCUGCCCUGCACGGGGGCCAGCACAGUGCCCAAAACAGCCUGUAAUGUAGAACUGGGGAACCCUGGGCAGCCCUCCCCCUGCCCCCUGACCAAGGAAUUCAGUAAUGCUGACGGGGAGGAAUAUCCUAGUGAAUUCUCAGCUCAAGGCUCACCAGCCACGCAGAAUGGCCCUGAAGUUUAUAUUCUGCCUCUCACCGAAGUAUCUUUGCCAAUGUCUAGGCAACCUGGGCGCUCAGUGCAGUUGCUCAAGUCCACUGACCUGGGACGUCACAGCCUGCUAUACCUCAAAGAAAUUGGCCAUGGAUGGUUUGGCAAGGUGUUCCUUGGUGAGGUAAAUGCAGGGUUGAGCAGUACUCAGGUGGUGGUGAAGGAGCUUAAGGCCAGUGCCAGCGUGCAGGAUCAAAUGCAGUUCUUGGAAGAGGCACAACCUUACAGGGCACUCCAGCAUACCAAUCUCCUGCAGUGCUUGGCUCAGUGUGCGGAGGUGACCCCCUAUCUGCUGGUGAUGGAAUUUUGCCCAUUGGGUGACCUGAAGGGCUACCUACGAAGCUGCCAUGCUGCAGAGGCUCUGGCACCAGAUCCCUUGACAUUGCAACGCAUGGCCUGCGAGGUUUCCUGUGGCCUGCUGCAUCUUCAUCGCAACAACUACGUCCAUAGUGACUUGGCCUUGCGGAACUGCUUACUCACAGCUGACCUUACUGUCAAAAUUGGCGACUAUGGCCUUUCUCACUGCAAAUACAAAGAUGACUACUUUGUGACCGCCGACCAACUAUGGGUUCCACUACGCUGGGUAGCUCCUGAAUUGAUUGACGAAGUCCAUGGCAACCUGCUGAUCGUAGACCAGACUAAGACUAGCAACAUCUGGUCUUUGGGUGUGACUAUCUGGGAGCUGUUUGAGCUGGGUGGCCAGCCCUACUGUCAUUAUUCCGAUCGGCAAGUCCUCACUUACGCUAUCAAAGAGCAGCAGCUUAAACUUUCCAAACCACAGCUUCCACUCUCGCUAUCUGAUCGCUGGUAUGAGGUUAUGCAGUUUUGCUGGCUUCAGCCAGAGCAGCGCCCCACCGCAGAGGAGGUACACCUUUUGCUCUCUUACCUCUGCGCCAAGGGGGCUUCCGAAGCAGAGGAGGACUUCGAGAAGCGCUGGAAUUCCAUGAAACCCGGAGGCACUGGCGGUGCAGGCUCUGGCUCUAACCACAUGGGCUUGGAGCUUUCCUCCUUCCCUCUUCUGGAGCACUUCUCCAACGACGGUGACGAUGUUCUCACUGUGAUGGAGACAAGCCAUGGCCUCAACUUUGAAUACAAAUGGGACCAAGGGAAAGCUGAACAUCUCCCAGCCUCUGCCAUGAGCCCUGGUGGGGCUGCACGCUACCAUGAGCUCUACUAUUCGGCGAGCAGCAGCAGUGGAGGUGGGCACCUCAGCCUGGGGGUGUCCCCCUCUUGCUAUGAAUGUAAAAUGCAGGGGUGCCCUGGUUUGCACACACCAGGGGUGGUCCCCGUGCUGAGUGCCCAUAGCCCCUCUCUGAACAGUGAGUACUAUAUUCGCAUUGAAGAGGUGGCAUCUGAAGGCAGUGGGAAUGACCUUGAUUACACCGUGUGUUCCUACAGCCCUGAGUUUAGCCAUUCUUCACGCUGGCAAACCAAGGAGGACCACUAUGAAUCCAACAAUAGUCCCACCAUCUCCCUCACCAUGGAACCCCUCCUGGGCCAAUCAGCACACCCUGAAAGCCACUGGGAACCCUCUGAUUAUUACUCCUAUGGAGAACAAGACAGUAAAGAGGCCCCAUACUAUGAGGACUCCCUGAAGGACAGUGCUGAGGAAUACCUGCUCAAGGAUCCCAGUGCUUCUGAGUGGCCUGGUCUAGUUUUGCAGAAAAGCAUUUUUGCUGAUCCACUUGGUGUGUCACCAUCAGAGAAUUACACCUGCAAGGAGGCUCCAUCCGACUCAGUCAUUCUGGAAGUGGCAGAGGAGGAGCGCUUGAGUGGUAGUCCUAGGAGCGAAAGAAAUGAAAGCUCCGAAUCCCCCUCUUCAGGCAAGCCUUGGACAUCCAAUACUUCAGCCCAAAAUGGUAACGAUCACCUACUGCCAUCGUGUGAACCCCUUGCCAAAGAUAGCUGGUGCUACCGGCAUAUGAUCACCUUCCAGGGGCUAAUGGCACAGCCACUGGACACAGUGCCACGGGAUGAGCCAACAUUAGGGAUCAAAGAUCUGCGAACAGCUCUGCUAGGUGGGGAACACAUGACAUCAUCAUCUCACAUAGGCUCCCCAUGUCCAGAUAGCGAUUUGCCUGCAGAGGAAAACGUUUCCGUUGAAAGUGCUACAUUGCCUGACAUGGAAAGCUCUAUAGAUCCCUUGAUAGACAGCAGAGUGGAGAGCCCACAAGCCAUCCCUCUACCAUCAGGGGAAGACGUUUUGAUGGGUCUGUCAUCAGCACCAUCGCUGUUACCUUCCAAGGAAGAAGCUGCCAGCAGCAUGGAGGCUAUAGAUCCAACUUUGCUGGAUGAAUCAAUAGCUGAGGUGUCAAACAUAGAAGAAGACCCUAUGGAAGAGACCUCCACUGGAUGCUCACCUAAGUUGCCACAGGAGAUCAAUAUAGAAAGUGGCAAGGACACCAGAAGCGAACAAGAUAGAACACCAGACAAGACUGUUUCCAGUACCAGUUUCCCUGACUUGGACGAGGCCAGUGAUGAGGACUCCACUGAUCUUACAUCUGGAGUUUUUAUUGACUUCCCAAUUGACUGUCUUGAGCAGCAAGAUGUAAUCCCUGCUUUCAAAACCUUACAGAAACAAGUAGAGACCCCAGAUUCACUAGAUUCAUUGGAUAUCCCCUCUACCACCAGCUCCUGUGACACGUUCAGUCCCAUAGCUUAUAUAUCCUCGAGCCAGCCUAAGGCUCUGGAUAGUGGCUAUGAUACAGAGAACUACGAGUCGCCUGAAUUUGUCCUCAGGGAACCUCACGAGUCACGGGAAUCUGAAGGUUCUGAGAAGCUGGGAACAUCUGAAGAUGAUAAGGACGAUCAAGUCAAAGAGCAGAGUCUUUCUGAUUCUUUUACUGCUGAGCUACAGGCCUUGAAUGAGAAGAAUCCUUACCGUGACUCCGCGUAUUUCUCUGACUAUGAUACUGAAGGUGGCACUCGGGAGGAUGGCGAAGAGGACAGUGAUGCUUCUGAGGAACAUGAACUGGGAGUCUCCCAGUCACACACCGAAGAACUGAAGGGAAACUCUGAACCAAUUGGCAGGACAGGUGAACCUCUGCCAGCUGGUCCUGAGCCCAUUUGUCCACAUGAAGACUGUGUGGGUUGCCUCUCUCCAGGUGCAGAGGACCAGGACACGGGGAAAGACAGAGAUAUUAACCCGUCACAGGAACUGUUGAUGAAUGAAGCAGCUCUUGAUAAAUUGGAUUCAAACUUAUUUCAGGAUAAGAACAAUGGGAUCGUUGUGCAAUCCCAGACACCAGCCCCCCUCACCAGAUCUUUCGUCUUGUCUCCUGUGGUCACCAAUCUAGAGGAACCCACCAUAGGUGGUGAAGAAAAUGAGGUAAAGGAUACAGGACAGGAAAAUGUGGCAAAGAACGCUGAGCAACCUGAGGAAAGACAGGCAAUUGGCCAUCCCAAAGGACUUCAGAGCAACCCUGGUCUCUCACUCAAACUGUCAGUAGUGCCAUCCCAGCUCUUAUGUAGCCCUGCUGAUCUUGAAGAGGAAGAAGAUGACACUGAGGACAGUGAUGAGUCAGAUGAGGAGCUGCGGUGCUACAACAUUCAGGACCAGAGUGAGGAAAGUGAGGAGGAAUCGCCUGCUGUGCCCAUUGUAGUGGCUGAGAGCCACAGUGCCCGUAACCUGCGCAGUCUGCUUAAGAUGCCCAGCCUAGUGGUGGAGACCUUUUGUGAUGACCUGGAGCGCAAGAAGAAAGCUGUUUCCUUCACUGAAGAUGUUACUGUCUACCUCUUUGACCAGGAAAGUCCCACAAAGGAGCUUGCAGAGCAGCCUUUCCCAGGAGUGACAGAAGCUUCACCAACGCCACCUGGGCAGGUGGAGAGCAAAGGUCCUCCAGGCUUAGCAGAUGAGAUAAAGGCACCCAACAGCACCUCAGAAGGGAGCUCCUCUGAAGAGAAUAAAAGUGGUGGCUUUGGAUGGGAUGAUGACUUUUCCCUCAUACCUGUGAAAUCACCUGUCCUGCCCGCAUUGACCUCAGAGGCACCUGAGGACAGUCUCCCCAGACUGUCCCCCACGCUAGUAGCUGCUCAGAAGCAAGUGCUGCCCAUCCAGUUUUCACGCUUCACAGUCUCACCUGCUGCAGUAUCACGGUUCUCCAUCACACACGUCACUGAUUCAAAUGUUGAGCCUGUAGGAGGCAACAGUGAAAAUGGCAACAGAGAGUGAACUUGGCUAUCUCUCCCUUUUGGACUUCCUACUUUGCCCCCACGGCACAGUUUCUGCACCAGGGGACAUGAGCAUGGAUGAGGCCCAGGAGCUGGCUGGAGCAGAACUCUGCAGGGCCUCAUCCAGAUAUUAUUGGACAGAUUUUGACUGCCGCUGGGCUGGAGCCACCUUACCAUGAGGUGGUUUGCGAUGGUUGUGCAAACAUGAGAGAGAGUGUGCGUGUGUGUGCGCGCGUGUGUGUGUGUGUGCAUGCGUGCGCACACACCCAGGAAAGCGUUUGUGUACAAAUAGACACAUAUAGACAUAUAGAACCUAUAGCAUUUAAAGGGUAGAUCUGUGACCUUGCUAACAUCGCCACAUAAGCCAUUGUAAUAUUCCUAGCUCAUGCCUCUUGAUGUUCUGACCCACACUGGCUUCCCCAGUUGGGGCACUGCCCUGAGACAUCCUCCCUCUGCCUGUUCUGUGAGCUUAUCGUGUCUUCUUUCCACACCCCAUAGGGGAUUUUGAGAGAGAGAGAGCACGUAGCCUUGCGCCUUGUGCCAUUCCAACAUGCUUCAGGUGGAUCCUCAAGCAAUGGUACUUGUGUCUUGCCACAGGGGGCAAGCUCUCCUUGUCCUUCCUUCAGUGUGCUGUGUCCAAAUAUCAGGUGGAGUUGACGGUCCAGAGGACGCAAUCAAUUACCAGAAGAGCCAGAGACAAGUGUAGGCCAAACACCUGAAAACAGGUAGGGGAGCCAGCUGAAGUGAAGGUCACAUUUAAAGUCUUGAGCAGCGAAGACUCCUGGUCUCGGCAGCCAUUUCCCCCCCUUUUGCUUAUGUUCUUCACUGACCCUGGGUUGCUGUCGCUCAGCUGCAUCAUGGUUGCGGAACUCAAAAUUGUCCCCACCCGCCUCCUUUUGAGAAUCACGGUCUGGUCCCAGGUAUUCAGUCCUACAGAAGACUUUGCCUUCUGUCAUGGGCAGGAUCAAUAUGAGCAGCCUGGAAGGGGUGUCUGGAUGGCCUUCAGCACUUCCCAUUUCUCCUCCUUAGCCUUGAGCGAGCAGCCUGAAUCCCAGGAGGUGAAAUGGGGAGUACAGCAACUAAAAAACACCAAACUUAUUUCAAUGUUUUGAUAAAUGUGGUGCUGAGACCUACCAUCCGUUCUCUACUACAGCAUUAUUUGGGGAGUGCCUCCUAGAGAGCCACGAUGUGACUUGCUGGGAAUGUGAGAGGAAUACCAAGUCUUAGGGAUGGGGUUUUUUUUUUAUAAACUUCGUCACCCUUCAGCUGUAGGAAGAAAUGCCCAGCCAGACGCAUAGCAAAAGCAGAUCAAACUGCCACUGAGACUAUUUUUGUACAAAGUUUACCCACCUGCCCUAAUAGAGUGGCAGAUUUAAGUUAUUGUUGCCAAAGAGAUGUAAAGAGUUAACUUUUAUCAAGGCAUCUUGGGUGAGGGUGGGGGGACAGCUGGGGGAAGAAGGAAAAUAAUAGCUUUGGGAUGAUUUUGUUUGUUAGAUUUUGAUUAGUUCAAGAUUUAGGAUAAUUGUGCAAUGUGGACGGUGGGGUAAAAUGGAAAUGAGUCAGAGGCAUCUUGCACUUAGGAGUUGUGGCUUGUGGGGACUAUAGACCAGUCACUGAUGUUGGAAAUUGGGUGGUAAACAGACAAGAGCAAAAGGCAGCUGGUAGCUACUGGGCCAUUUCCUCACAGAAUCAGGGGAAACACCUAGAAAGAGACCCUACAGAGCGGCAGAAUGUCUGUGCGUUGUGCUUCAUUGUGCUUCCAGUUUGGAGUAUGUCGUGACUAAAGGUGGCAAGCUUGGCACUGGUACUGAUGCCCGGUUCUGGUUCAUGAGCACAGCUUUCAUUUUCAUAGUAUACACAGCCAUAGCCGUGCAUGAGGCAAUGAUUCAUCAUCCCUCCAUUAGGCAGCGUUUAGGUGAUAGUGACAGCCAGAUUUUAUUUUUUGGCUUACUUUCUCCUGCUACUCACAUCAGUUCCAGCCAGCUGGAGAAGUGUUUCAAAAGGUGCAUUCUAAGUAUAGAUUAGGUGGAGCAAGACAUCUUUAGAGUGCUGCAUACUUUUAGCCGGUUAUGUUCUCUUCCUCCAGAGUCAGAAUUCUUUCUAUGUCUGACAUUUCUUGCUAAGACCCUUCUGGGAGUUCUGCUUUCUUUGUUCAAAGAGAUAUUGGGUGUGAAAGGUUACCAGGAUCUGUUCAUAGCCUUCUUGGGUGGUGGAGACUUAUAUGCCUUUUACUCCACUCCUACUGAAGCCCACCAUGAGCAACACAGAUGCCCAUGUCUCAUUUCACCUGAUGCUGGUUGAUGAACCCAAAUGAAUAAUACUUGUCCUUCCUUGGACUACCAUAUACUUCCCUAGCACGAUCAGAACACAACAGCCUGCUUGUUGGUUUAGGGCAGGGGUCUCCAACCUUGGCAAUUGGAAGACUUGUGGACUUCAACUCCCAGAAUUGGGAAUUCUGGGAGCUCAAAUCCACAACGCUACAAGUUGCCAAGGUUGGAGAGCCCUGGUUUAGGGCACUCUUAUUUGCUUUUUUUGGAGAGCUCCUGAACCAGAGGAGACCUUGAGAAAACGAGUGCCAGGCUCCAGUAUGGAGCUGGAUUUAGAGACAGGAUUCCUGUUUCUUGUUCCCACCCACCCUCUUUUUGUUGUUGUGGUUUAAUUUUCCUGCCAACUUGAGAAGGAGGCAACACUGGAGCCAUGAGAACCUACACCAGCAGCUAUUGAACCCAGAAGUCAAGGAGAGCUGAAGGAAACCUUUGUAUACUUUGCUGUCUGCAUUUUGCCCAUUAACAUCAAAAGAGAGAUACGAUGAACUGUGCACCUUCCAAAAUUUCAAUCCAAGUAAAUCCUUCUGUCCAAUGGAAUGUGUGCAAACUAUAGAUGUUUUCUAGAGAAGGCGUCAUUUAUUGGCCUCUAUGGCUGAAUGCACUUUCAAAAUAUUUCACUGUCACAAAUCAAUUUGAGAGCAGUUGGGAUGUAUGCCAUAACCAAUGUAUGCCAGCUUUAGUGGAAUUCUCCCUUUCCCCCCUCAUUGGGUGCCAAGCACAUCAGCAUCGUCCGGAAAGGGAAUCUGGUGGUCUACAUGUCCCAUCCACUCUCCAUCCUCUGCAAACCAACAUGGUGGUUACAUAAUUCUCUUGAGCAUUCGAAGACUGGAGCUUGGAUUAUUUAGGACAGGCUGGAUGAGGAACAGACAGGUUCUUGGCCCCUUGAUAAUGAAAUUGACUAAUGAAUAAAAAUGUAUUGGAGCCCAACGUAAUUCUUCAAACAUAUAGCUCACUAACAACCACUUUUAUGGGGUGGUGGUGGAGGUAAAUAUCUUCGUCAGAAAUAAUGUAGCCAUUGAAAUUCCUAACUAGACAAAGAUUAAAUAAGGAAUGAAAUUCUUGAUUUUCUGCAAUAUACCUAGAGUUCUAUUUCCUUCCCCAAGCUAGUUUAGAAGAAUCCACAGGUGUUUUGGAAUACCAGGCUUGUAAUAAAUCCCAAACUGCAUCUAAAAGAUCACUAUUAUCAUCCUUAUCUGAGCAGCUUUUAUAUUGCCCUCUAUAGAACUGCAACUUGUUAAAAAUGCAGCCAGCUGCAUUUUCCAAUGGGAUGAAGUCCCUUUCCCAAGCUCCCACAAGUAAAAAAGGGAGAUAUUGUUAUAAUUGAUUUCUUCCUUUCUUUGCAUUCUCAGAUCUGUUUUUAGAACCUGGAAUAAGAAGAGUUGAGGACUUAAUAGGCAGGGGCAUAAAGGCUGGAGCCACCCAUGGGAGGAAUCUUUGCUUGCUCAUUUUAUACAGAGCAUCUCUAUGAUGCUGUCACAGCCCACUCACCUCGGCUUUUUUUUUUCCCGUUUCUUCCAUUGCUGUUUGAAUUUUAUAAACAUCACAAGUGUAAGUGAACUUCAACUUUUUAAUGGCUUUGACAUGUGCUCUCUGCUGCACUAAUCUGUUAGGCACCAUGCUAUUCACUCUCAUAGAUGGGUAGAUGAAAAAUUGCACUAAAAUGCACUUUCCCUGAAAACGAAUAAACAUUUUAGCAAUAACUUGAAAUAAAAAGCACUUUACCCCCAACUUUUAAAAAGACUAAAGGGGGAGGCUGCAUUUUUGUUCUCCUAUCCAUAUAGCUUUCUGUCUAUGUCCUUCCUUGUGUAUGUGAAAUAUUGUAGAAUGUGCAUAGGCUGAUUAAGUAGGAUACCAGUCAAAGGGUGGUUUACUUUUUCUCCCUUCAGGCAUUUUACUGACUGCAUCAGAAAUUGCAAACUAGUUUUU